AUGGCGCCUGAGCAUCUGGAAGCCAGCCGUUGGUUGUGGAUCUGCGCCCUGUACGGGUGCGCCGUGUUCUUUCUCUACUCGGCCUUGAGGGCAACCUACAGGCACAAGGCACGGCGCGAGUACGAGCACCAGGAGUUCUGCCGAAAUCUCGGGCAGCAUGGGGAGUCGCUGGAUCGUUCAGAGAGGGAGAGGGAAGGCUUCCUCGGAAACACCACGAACUUUGAAGAGAGGGGCUUGGACAACAACAUGUUCGUUGACUCUCCGGGUGGCCACAUGUUGAGGUACAAGGCGGAACGCUCGCUUUCCUUCCACGUGAUUUUCAUGUUCGAGCACACCCUGCUGUCAAACUCCCAGAUCCUCCGCCACAUGCUGGUUUCGGUGCUUGUCGCAGCACUGGUCUGCUGCGGCCAUAUCGCAGUGAGGAGGGUCAUCGAUGUGGAGCUUCUGCAGAUUGCCUGGCUGUCGGAUUUGGACAACAUGAGCAACUUCUUGACCUCCUUGAUUGGAAUCCUGCUAGGGUUCUAUAUCUCGACGGUCAUGACGAGGUGGUGGAGUAUGCGCAGUCAGGGGAUUGGGGGACUCUGGGGUGCUGUGGAUGACCUUUGCAUCCUGACCGGGACCUACUUUCCGGGCCCGGAGUGGCGGAGGAUGCGCAGCUUGGUGCUGCGCUACGGCCUGCUUUCGUUUGAGCUGACCUUCAUGCAGAAUGAGGGCCGCGAUGAGGAGCUGGACACCCUGGUCCAGAGGCAUCUCCUCACUCCCCACGAGGCGGCCUGCCUGGCCAACCAUCCCUCCAAGUGUUCCGCGGUCUGGGCCUGGGUUGCCUGGAUCUUCCGGGAGCUCCAGAAGCAAGGCCACAUGUCUGACGUCGAUCUUCGGCUUUUUUUGGACAAAGUCCUUCAGGCCCGCGGUGGCGCCGGAUCUCUUCUAGCCCUCAUCGACACACAGCUGCCCUUCCUCUACGUGCAGCUACUCUCGAGCUUGGUCCAUUUUCUGACGAUGGUGAUGGCUGCCGACUGUGGUGUGAUGACAGGGGCCUGGAUCAUCUCUCAAAAGAUGAGCAGCCCAGUGCUGAAGUUUGUGCAGAUGCUGAUGGUCACGUACUUCUACAACGGCUGCCUUGAGAUCGGGAGGAGCUUUGCCAAUCCUUGUGGCCAUGACUUCUCCGACUUUCCCCGCCACGCGUACCACUUUUGGAUGCGAAAUGAGGCGGAGGUAUUUCAUAGCAUCCUGGAGAGGCCGCCCCUGGCUGGUGUCGACAUGCUGAAAGAGGCAGCCUUGCGCACAGGACAAGAUGGAAAGACGUCACUGAGCAAUGUCGGAGCAUGA